CGCCUCGCUCUCUCGUCGGAAUUUCUCGUCGGUCUAGUAGUUCGCGUAGUCGCGGAAACCGGAGACAGGAAGCCGGAAACGUGCGUCCUGGAAUUAGCUCGUUCGAUUAAUCGGACGUCGAGAGCUGGCUGUGAAAGGCUGCUCCGGAGGACGCGAGCGUGCGAUAAAAAUACGUCCGUGAGACCAAAAACGGACGACGUAGCGGAGAGAUGAAUUUUCCGAAAUUGACGGAUAAGAUUGAUCGAAUGGUCGCAAUCUGGUGCAGAUGACGCGAAGAGUGACUGAAACUUGGUGAAUUUGAGUCUUGAAAAUCUCGAAGCCUUGAAAACCAAACGUGCGAAGAUUGAGCGGACUGAUUGAUUAAUCAGACUUAUGUGCAGAAAAUUGGUUUCUAUAAUAUUUAAUAUAGAGCAACUGAUUAUUAUGAGAGAACGUUAAUAUCAAUAUAAAGUGGAUUUAUAAUAAGACAUUAUUACGUCGAAUGACCUAGUGAGUGUGAAAUUAUAACGCGACUUUAUACGUUGCUGAUCGAGUCGCUGAUCAGGUCUCUCCGACCCGUAUCGAGUCUUUCUCUUUUCUCUUUCUCUCUCUUUUUCGCCAGUAACGGUGAUCGUUUCGUGCUAUUUAGUGUAAUUAACGUUUAACACCUGCGGCCGCCAUUGCUUGGAGAUCGAUCGCGAUCACGCUAGAUUUACGUCGCAAACGGACGAAUCUUUCUCGUUUUGUAGUGAAAAUCAUUCGCGAGCCAUACCGUGAAAUUGCGACCUGACAUUCCUCAAUCAACGUGGAGAAGAUCGUCGCGGUCGGACUUCCACAUCGAUUCAUCUGCUCGGUGAACGUGGAAUAGUACCCUGCUGGAAAUCGAACGAGAGUGCGUGAACUCGUCACGUGCCUGUCAAGCAGGCGCACGCGAAAAUUUAUUGUUCUUGUUCCAUGGAAAUUUACCAUUUAUCAGACCCGCGUCUGAUAACGAGUGGCAAAAUGUUAAUUUUCUUAACAUCAUUUGUCAUUUUUUUAUCUGAAUGUCUUCACAGUCGUGGGAGAAUUUUACGUGCUUAGCAAAGUGCUCAAGUAUUGUGAUCAGUGAACAGGAAGAGGUAUUGACGGGAUCUUCUGAUUUUUCGCGUGGAAUGUGAUGAACGUAUGCCGGGAGUGCGAUGCGCGACGUAAUCAAACAAUCAGGAGAGGCGUGUCGCUCUUCCCGUCGGAAUGCGAAAUUAUUCCCGCUUCCUGUCUUCGCUUGCUUGCUCGUUGCUCGCUCAUACGCGUGAUUCUCGACUGUGGAAUUAACUGUGCGAAAAAAAUGUUUUGCUGUCCUUUGCUCGAAUUAUUAUACAAUUUACGUGGUGUAUUGUGCGACGGUGCGACGUAUCAUUAUCGCGACAUUUCUAAAAUUUGAUAGCGUGCAUACGCGAUUAAUCUUUCUUACCUUGGCGGACAUUUGCAUUUUACAAUUUUUGUUCAAGUGUUCAGUUUCAGUUUACAGUUCAAACAAGUUUAACGUGGCUCGAUUUUUCCGUUUUAACCGCUAAUCAAUCAUAGAAUGAUAGUGUUUGAAGGGUCCAGGACAAAAAUAUGUCAAAUCCAUAAAUUGUAUGAGAGAGAAAGAGACAGAUGCAACGCCUUAUUCAAAUCACGAGGUUCACAAACUUAUCGCGCUCUUGUUCCGAGCCGUUCGCCUGCCUAUCAGUCGGUCGCUCAUAGUCAGCCGAGAAUUCACACGCAUCAAUUUUCCACCUCAGAUUAUCAAUUCACCGGGCAAUCGUGUCGCCGUGCGCUCUCAUAAAUAUUCAAUCAGCCUGCUCGGGCGAUCCGACCGAUUAUACGAGAGGUCGAUUAGGUGUGCGCGCGCGAGACGAAGGAGCGCAGCAAAUGUAAAAAUAGUCGCGACAUUAUCGAGUGCACCGGCACGCCGCGCCGCCCGUGCGGGGCAGAUAUACGGGCGUGUGUUAAAACCUCCUCUCCCUCCCCUUCCCUGCUCUCCUCUGAUAACAAUCACUUAAGCAGAAUUGUAACGCGUUGUGUCAACGGAGUUCUUUCACCGGACAUAAACGAUAAAUGGCGAUCUCGUUCUCCGCUGGGGGCCACUCGAUGUUUUACCGUCAACCACGAGCGUGCUUGUUUCAUCGCAGUCACUCGCGCCCGUUCGAUCGAAACGGGUUACAAAGAGCCGCCUUUUUCAGUUUUAUUUCUUUUAUUUUUCUGUUUUAAUAACAGAAUAGCCGUCACGAUCGGGAACGGGAGAUGGUUCGUCACAAACGUCCGCUCGUGCUAAUUCUUUCAGAACCGAAAAAACCGAAAGAGAAUAAUCCGCUCGCGGGGACUCGGUGAACGUUAGAACGAUCAUUAGGCGAACGUAACACAAUGCCUGAUCUUUAUUUAUUCGGCGAUCGUAAGACAACUCUCGGAGACCGGUUAGUCGCGUGAACCGAGAGCUGCGGGAUCGGCGGGGAUCCAGGAACCGGCCUCUUGAGAGAGGCGAUGUUCCAGUUCCUGGCAAGUCUGCCAAGAAACGUUCGUUUACCCGUCUCGAUCGAGUUUCUGCCGUGGCGGCGGCGUUCCGGGAGGUCGAAAGAGACGACCGGAGUCGUAAAACGGGACGUUAGUGCAUCUCCCGGUUCUUUCUGUCUCGCGCGGGUCCCGCUCGCGUUGUACAAACGAAGCUAACUGUAAAUAGGCCGCCUUUCUUUCCCGCGUGUAUUUAUUAAUCAUUGCAUACUGCGCGGCAAAAACGGUGCAACAACGUCGCGGAUCGGAAUUGCCUGACACAUUUAAAGAUAUAUUAGCCGCGCACGAGACUAGCCGAGAUAUUUCAAUUGGACAAAUACAUGUCGCGUGCGUCGGACGUACCGUGUAAAAUGUACAUUAGAUUCCAGAUAAAAGUAUCGAUCCACGCUGUCGGAUGUGUCUCGAACCGGCGAGCCGAUGAGCGACUGGUGAACCGAGAACUGAUCACUCUGUGCGAAAGCAAGCGUUUUUUCACUUAACGAAUCCCGACUCGCGAUCGAAGAGGAGGCGUCUGGAGAGAUCUAUCAAACGACCGUAUGAGGAAUUCCAAGUGCCUCGUUGUCGCCUUAACGACUUCGACGAUUCGUCGCGUUAACGCAGCGUCGUAGUUCCAUUAACGUAACGUGCUGCAGUAACAGUUUACGGACGCGCGCGUGCACACACGCACACAUACACAGUGUUAGGGGCCGGGGUGAAUCGCGCGAUUGAGACCGCACGAAGCAGGAUCGCGCGACGAUUUACGAUCGAUCGUACGGUAUUCUCCAGAUGGGAGGUAAUCGCCGCGCGUCGAGAAAGCCGCGGCGCCUUCCGGAGGAGAGGCUCGCGUGAUAUAUUCCGGGCGGAACAACGCGUGGCUUGCGCGUGUGUGCGUGUGUAAGUGCAUGUGCGUGUCGCUGGUGUGGUGGUGCGCGUCGGCGCGUAUGCACGCGCGUGGAGGCACUGACACGAGGAGAGCCUGGUCGUUGUGACAACGACGACGACGACGACGACGACAACGUGCACGAAUAACGCUUGGUGAUCUUGUGGGUGAAGGAGGAACGACGACGGCGACGACGACGAAGGGAACGAAGCGCGCGUGAGCCGAGUUUUAGUCCGAUAAUAAAUAACACGAAGGGAGAGAUGUUCAAACUGGCCGGACGCCACGAGUGGGAGGCCUGGACAAAAGAUAUACGGCUACAGCUGAACGAGCAGCUGAGAUGCCUCGACGUGAGGAUGGAGGCGCAAGUCGCGCUCGUGGCCGAGCUCCAGGACUUCUUCCGCAGACGGGCGGAAUUGGAGCUGGACUACAGCAAGUCCCUCGACAAGAUGGCCAGGAGCAUACAGCUGAGGCAUAAGGAGCAAAAGCAAAAGCGGGAACAAUGGCCCCUCUUCUCCAGCUACACCUGCUGGCAGCAGCUCGUCAACGAGACCAAGUCCCUCAGCAGGGACCACGCCGCCCUGUCCGAAGUCUACAGCACCCAUCUUGUGGGCCGGCUCAAUCAGGUGAUGGAGGACGUGCAACGAAUUUACAAGCGUUGUCGCGAAAUCGGCUACGAGACGCACGAGGAGAUACUCCGCGUGUUGCACGAGCUCCACACGACGAUGAAGACGUACCAGGCGUAUCAGGCCGAGUCCAGACAAGCGGAAACGAAGCUCCGCGUUGCCGAGCAGCAACGCAACAAGCUCGAGGUAGCGAACGCGGAGAGUCGCGAGAAGCUCUCGCGCAGCAAGAAAUACAAGCUCAUCGAAAAGGAAGUGAACAAGAGGAAGAGCAAGUAUCAGGAGGCGAAGCUGAAGGCCCUCAAAGCGAGGAACGAGUACAUCCUGUGCCUGGAAGCGUCGAACACGACGAUACACAAGUACUUCGUCGACGACCUGUCCGAUCUCAUCGACUGCAUGGACUUUGGAUUUCACAAUUGCAUAGCAAGAGCGUUGCUGAUGCACUGCAGUGCGGAGGAAGGCAGACAGCGUUCCCUGCAAUCUGGCGCCGAACAAUUAGCCGCGUGCGUCGGUGCCCUCGACUCCCGGGCGGAUAAACAGAGAUUCCUCGAGUCUCAUCACGCGGCCUUCAUGAUUCCCAAGAAAUUCGAGUUUCAGGGACAACGCGGAGACGAGACGCCUGAGCCUGAAUUGCAAAAGAUGUUGCACUCGGAAAUGGAGCAACGUCUACAACAGCUACAGCAGAGGGUGACGUCGUUGCGUACUGAAUCGGAGGAAGUGUGGAAGACUCUAGAGACCGCGGAGGCGAGUCUACUCGAGAUGCUAACCGCCAAGGAUUACGAUUGCUCGAGAUACUUCGGCGAGAAUGCCGUGCCUACGUCCAGACCACCGGAAACGCUGCAGAUCAAGUUACGAGCCGACAGACAGGAGACUGAAGAAUUCUACCUCAUAAAAUUCAGGGAAUAUCUUCUCGGCACGUCGAGAAUAGCCAGGCUAGAUGCAAAGCAGGAGUACAUCCGGCAGAGUUUGCUGGACGGUUCAAAUGCAAGCCCGAAUCCGUCAAUCUCCGCAACGAAGCAAAAGCAAGCGCGCCGCAAACGAAUCGGUCGUUUACAGAUGAACGGUCAGCCGAAGCUGUUUGGCGGCUCGCUCGAGGAAUACCUGGAGAGUACGAAUCAGGAGAUACCGUUGGUCAUGAAAAGUUGCAUUCGCGUGAUCAACCUGUAUGGCCUGCACCAUCAGGGCAUCUUCCGCGUGUCCGGCUCGCAGGUGGAGAUUAAUAAUUUCCGCGAGUGGUUCGAACGAGGGGAGGACCCACUAGCGGAUGUAACCGACGCUUCGGACAUCAACAGCGUAGCUGGAGUGUUAAAAUUAUACUUGAGAGAGUUGCGUGAGCCGCUCUUCCCAAUCAUCUACUUCGAACAUUUGAUGGAGCUGGCGCAACUGGAGUCGAAGCAAGACUUUGUCAACAAGAUGAAGGAGCUGAUCGCGAGUUUACCGCGACCUGUCGUGAUUGUCAUGCGAUACCUCUUCGCUUUUCUGAAUCAUCUCUCGGAAUUCUCGGAUGAGAACAUGAUGGAUCCUUACAACCUGGCCAUUUGCUUUGGCCCGACCCUGGUGCCCGUUCCCGAGGAUAAAGAUCAAGUCCAGUACCAGAAUCAAGUGAACGAACUGAUCAAGAACAUCAUCACGUUCUGCGAGGAGAUCUUCCCGGAGGAUAUAGGCGGCACUCAAUACGAGAAGUAUAUCAGCAGGGAACCUGACGAUGCGGACGUGGGAGAUUCGCCGACAGAGCAAGUUCAGGAAGAUAUGGACUCGGAAGUCUAUCCAUCCGAAGAUGAAUCGGAGAAUCUCGAGGCCACGGCGCAGUUUGACUUCAACGCGAGAUCUGAGAGAGAGCUGAGUUUCAAGAAAGGCGACACUCUGACGCUGUACACGCAGGUCAGCAACGAUUGGUGGCGAGGUGCUCUAGCUGGCAGGGAGGGACUGAUUCCUGACAAAUAUAUUAUGCUCAAGAUAAAUUGUCACUUUGUUAGAGAUGAGGAGCGUGAGAAAGAGCUCUUGAAAUCGUCCAGCGAGGAAUCCAUGCGCAGAAGAGCAUCAAGCUCGGCAGAUAGCGUGCUGUCGAGCAACAACUCGCCACUGAUGGGCCCGUCGGCGAAUCCCAGCACCUGGUCGUCCGGCGCAGCCUCUGAUAUAUCGUCGUCCGCCACCACGAACAUUAUAACGGACAAUAGUAACGCCAGCGGUAUUAUCGCGUCCGUGGUGACGAAUGUGCCCUGCAUCUCGUCGGCGCAGCCGAUCAUCAGUCGAGAGGCUGAAUCCGCGACUCCGUCGAGGCUGGCCAGGGUGUCCACCCCCACCGAGAACGACAAGCAUUCGGAGCAGCAUCAUCAUCGGAACAGCGCCGACGGUGUACUGCAGGUCGCGUUGGAGGACAGCGUCGAAUGCGUGGACGGUGGCAGCGCAAACUCGACUCAGCAGGAACGCGGGAGCGGCAACGAGGAAUCCAUAAACGAAGAGCAGAUCGAGCGAAACGGCGUGGCAACGACGUUGUCGUCGCUGGACGGGACGAAACGUGGUGCCGGCCGGAAGCAACAGCAUUGGAAGUCGCAGAGCGUCGGUGAGGACGUAAUCAUGCAGCAGCAGCAGCAUCAGCAUCAGCUACAGUUGUCCCACGCGAACUCCCUGUCGGCGACGAUGACGAUGACGAUGACGAUGGCAGCGACCACCGUGACACCGGACGACGAAUCGCAGCAGGGGCAAACGACAAACUUUUCGGCGAAUCGCGAGCUUUGGCAGCGUCGCGCCACCUCGCAGACGCAACUAGUGAACGCGACGGUGCCGCCGAAGUCAUCGUCUUACUCGCGUGCGUCCCAGGAGUUCCGCGAGAUGCGGCAGAAGCACACGCCCGACCUGGUGAUGGACCUGCCGUUGUCGGCGCAGGACCCGGUCGGCAAGAAGUCUGCCUCAUCCAGCAGUCUGAGCAGUUCGGACGAGGAGACGAUGAUACUGCCAUCGUCGUUGCUGGCGCCACAGCAGCAGCAGCAGCAGCCACCCUCGCGCGCGGAAGCCGCCACUUCGCCGACCGGCGGUCCUGAAUCGCCGGACAUGAGCACUGCCGCCGAGCGUUUCGCUAAGCAGAACCAGUGUACCCUGAAAAAGAACACAAAGACGGCAAACUCGGAUACUGCUGGCAGCGGCGGCGGCGGCGGCGGUGGCAGUAACAAGUUGAAGCGGAUCGAGACGGCGGAGCAUGACGGAACGGGCGGCGUCGUUGACGCGGAGAACGACGAGAUCAUCCGGUCAGCCAGUUCGAAUCAGAUCGCUGCUACCGACGCUGGGAGCGGAGGAGGAGGAGGAGGCGGAAGCGGCGACGGCGGAGGUAACGGUGGAGGAGGAGGCGGUGGAGGAGCAGGAGGAGUGCCACUCAGGUCACCCCUACCACCGCGCUCCACCCCCAAAAUCGUUGCCAAGUUCGCCGACAUGCAUCUGACCGGUGGUAGCCAGGUGGUGUCGUCGUUCAAGCCGCAGGUCAAGGUCAAGCCGACGAUCCUGCGCAAACCGGUGCUGCCGUUCCCGCAUCCGCAUAUGAGUCCAGAGCUCGCGCGCAAGAUUGAGAAGCAGGCGCAAAGCGCGGAGCAGGCCAAUUAGAUUGCCAUAGGUCGCCGCGAGCGCGAGUCAAGCUGACUUGCGCGCUUAUCGGAGCGGUGGAAGCGCUCGGGGCCCCCGGCGAUUGCCGAGACACAAAAUGCUAUCUUUCGCUCUUAACGAGUUGUGAAUGAAAGCGACGUGAGUCCGAAGUUUCGAGCCCGAAACGAGGACGCGCGACUUUAAUCGGUACAUCACUCGUGGAUGUCGGCGUCUUGAAAGCGUCAGAAUUUCCUCUUAGCCCCUCCCUUUUCCAAUCUUGUAAUUCCCCCGAAUUCGUCGCCGCUUUCGAACAAUGCACUCGACAAUAAUUGUUCCUUUUCGCACGGUGAAAUGAUUGCAAUCGCGGAUGGAAGAGUACAAUAAGACGGAGACCGAGGCCGUUGCCGGGGACUGUGAUCCCGAGGACGAGCGCGCUCUGAAUUUUCGUGACUUUGCCAUUACGAGACGGUAGCGUGAUUUAGAGCGACGUAAGCGCGACCACCCACCCAUCGACCAGUUACUCCGCCCAGUCGCGAGGACUUUUACUGUAUUAAUUACCGUGCCCGAGAAGAAAGGUAAGCCGCCGCGGAAUAGCGCGCGGCCACGUGCAGUGUAUUAUAAUCGCACGACGAUGCUUAGGUCAGAGCAGCACGCGCAAAACUUUAGUAAUAAUUACACGUACACGACCAACGCGCUAUCCUCGCGGGGGCGAGUUUAUUUUUUCUACAGAUGUUUUCCAUUUUCGCAUAAUUUUUUUACCAAAUGAUCCGCGUGAAGCGAUGUUUCUAGUCAUCGAGCGAAGAUAAGAAUAAGAGAAAAAAAAUAAGAAAAAGAAAGCGCGCGAGAGAGAAAGAGAAGAGUAAGAGAGCCGAGUACAUGUAUGAGUGAUAGAGAGAGUGAAAGAGAGAGAGAGAGAGGGAUAAGUGUGAGAGCGUGAGAGAGAAAUGAAAAUGAAAAUGAGAGAGAGUGAGAGAGAGGGAGGGAGAGAAAGAGAGACGUAGCAUCUCGAAGGACAUGAAUUCGUAAUGUUGGACGACGAUGUAAUUUAUUUUUUAGCGCGUGCCCGCAUACAUGCCAAUAAUGUGGAUAUUUUCCUGCUAACUCUACUACUCUUGACGAGAGUGUCGUCGCGAGUCGCGAGUCGCGGCGAGCGCGUUGAUGGUUCCUUUAUGCGCGAGCGAGUGUUAGUAUGAGUUUUUUAAAAAGGAAAGAGAGAGAGGGAAAAGGAGAUGAAAGAAGUAGACUGUUGCCCCCUCCCCCAGACCUCCCGCCCAAUUAGACAACCAAUCAAUCAAUCAAUUCCACCUGGACGCGAGGCUUUCAGGCUUCUCGCGUCGCAGAGCGGAAGUGAGCGAGUGAGAGACGAGGGUCGGGAUGCCGCGAGUCUCCCGCGACUUUAUCGCGUAGGUUUAUCGUAAUGUAAGGUACGUUAUCAUAUGUAUACCGCGUGCCGUCUUAAGUAUAGGUACUAAUUAAUCCAAAACAGCGAUGUUCGAUAUAUUCGAGUUUAGAGAGAGAGAGACGGAAGAAGAGGUAUCUAGCUAGAUGACUACGACGAUAAUGACGACACAAAUAUUUAUCGGUUGACACGGCGUCGCGAGCCGUUACUCAUUACGAAUCCGGUAUCAACGAGAUAUUAGCAGAAAGAGAGAGAGAAAGAGAAAGGAAAAGAGAAAACAGUCUCUGUAACACCUCGACGUAUUCGCACGCAUCGUCUUUCCCCGUAAUCGAUCGACUGAAAAAGAAAAAAGGAAAAAAAAGGAACUUGUACUCGUGAUUUAACAAUAGCGUAUACACGUACAUUAAAACACGCGAAAUGUAUACCGUAUGAGCGUAUUCGCGAGGAUUCGUCCACUCGCGGCAGAGAAUUCGCACGCGGAUCGAUAAUGAAUUCGAAGAAUCGCGAUGAACUCCGCGAUGAACUCCCUCACUCUAUGUGUGUAUCGACUAAAUGUUUAGCACGCAUCAUGCGAUCGUCCUCGUGUCACUCGGUGUUAUCGCGCGAUCGAUAUUUCAUUCGCUCGUCUUCAAUUUUGAUAUAAUAUUAUCUACGAUAAUGAAGCCCGAAAUUUCCGCAUUUCGAUAAAAUCACUUAAAUCUAGAUGAAUGAUAGCAUAUAACACGGAUUUUACAAAGGAAUUUAAUUUUUUUAAUGAUUGCAAUACGAUUUUGAUCGAGGAAGUCUGCUCCGAGGUGAUAAGCAAAUCAUUGGAAUCAACGUCGACGAUCUUUGGAAUAUUACUUCAGUAGACGUUGAAAAGCGAUUAUCGGGCCAAAUAUCAUUCGGCGAGAAGAUAAUAUUGCCAACGCGAUAAUACUGGUUGAUAUAAAGUUCGCUGAGCAUUGCAGGCGCUAUACCCACCGCACUAAGAAAUACCAAAGCCAGGAAUACGCCAACUCCCCUCCCCGCUCCCCGCCCGCCUCUCGUUCACUGUGAAGUAACGAUCUUUCCAGUUUCAAUUUUAAGCGUUGCCUCGUCGUUCUUUCUUUUUUCUUUUACCUUGUACCCCGUGGACUGCGUAUUUUGUAUAGUACUCUCCCCCGUCUUCGUUAUUUUUUUACACGGCGCCGUUCGCGCGCCGGACGAUAACGAUCGACUUUUAAACGAAUCUGUAACGUAAUUUAAUACGUAUGAUUUAGCGUAGCCACGUCUUAUCAGUGGAUCAUCCGAGAGAAGCGUAAUAGCUUAAUCGAUAACCUCUCCCGUUAAGGCUAAUGACACAUAUGGAUAUCGUAAUAAACGAACUUACAGGCUGUAUACCAUAUUAA